CUUUCACGCUCGUUGUUUUUUUCUCUCCCUUCGUCUUCCUUAUGACUUUUCUUUCUCUCCUGAUUCCUUGAAUCAAAAGUUCUUUCUUCCACGUUUUAGCCGCAGCUGCUCCUAGUUCUGUUAUGUUUAUAUAUUUACUUCCUGAGUUCUUCACAGCAGUGGGUUAGACUCCUCCAAUGGUCUCGGACUUUAAUGUGAAAAGCGCAAAAGAAAAAAAGUAUUUGCAGUUUUAUGUUUCGGUCCCAGUCGACGCCCCUGCUAAUGUAAACUAAUAGUGAUACAUCUGUCGAGGACAGGCCCUCAACCUGGACUUGAAACAUCUGGUGGCUGUGAGACUAGAGUUCAAUUCUACUGGGAGCCUACUAGUCGGUGUACAGAGAGUGACUUUUAGGGGUCAAUACACAACAGUUCUUCACCAGGACUGCACAUAGAAAGAGCUACAGAGGAGUGCGAUUUGUUCUUGGAGUUCUCUCCAGUACUUCCUGUGUACACUUGAGACAUGGCUCUUGCCAGGAGCAUUGGAUUCGCUGUGGCUCUUUUUGCCAUCCUGACCGAAGGCUCCACGCUGGAGCGACGACCCAACCCUCGCAACUGCGGUGAGGCUGACAUGUGUUGCCAAGGACAGAACAACACAUGCUUCGUGUUUGGCCAGAGAGUGGAUAGGUCUGAAGACUCGGCUCGGUGCUACUGCGACAGCAACUGCCUCAUUAUGGGAGACUGCUGCAUGGAUUACCAUCACCACUGCAAGAGUGUGGACUGUCAGGUCGGGGAAUGGGAAGAAUGGACCGAAUGUGACAACCCCUGUGGCUAUGGGUCACGCAAAAGGAAGAGAGUGGUCACUCAGUACCCGGAUAAUGGCGGCACCAACUGUCCGAUACUCAAGCAGAGACGCGCCUGUGUGGGAUUCGAAGAGGAGGUCUGCAAGCAGAAUCUAGUCAACGAGAUGACCAUUGAGAAAGCAGAACAGGCCAGAAUUCUUCCCAUUGAGUUUGGUCGUUACAGAACUGAGAAGAAAUACGACCCAUGGAAGGGCAUUCUCAAGAAUCUAUACUCCAAAUACUUUAAUGAGAUUCUAACUAGACCAUCAUAUAGCGGUAAAUUUAAGAUCAGAUCCACCCAUCAUGGUUGCGAGAGUUCUGAGUGGGCCAAACAUCUGACCGUCAAUAGCACCAUUUGCGUAGAAUGUCAGCCCGUUGCCAUGAACAGAGAGACAGGUAUGCGCUGUCUUGGACAUGGAGUUUACAACAUUGAAACAGCCUGGAAGGCCGUUGACGUGCCACACUGCCAUGGAACAUGGGAGCUAACGGGCCAACACCAGCCUGACGUCUGCCACUAUGACGUUGAAGAGGAAGACAAGAAAAAUUUUAUCUUCCUUUGAGAAGAGUUCGCGUAAUAGAUGUCGACGAAGCAGCAGACGAAGUAGAGAUAUGAUAGUGAGAUUUUGAUUGGAUAGCUGGUUGAAAAGAUUUUUUGUUUUAAAUUCAGAUAUUGGUUUAAAUGUGGUCAUAUGAACUUGAGUCUAGGACGCGACACUUCGAAUGAUUACUUUCUUUGCCAUUCUUCUCAAUCCCUCCAUUUUUUUGUUCGUUUUCUAAAUUUAUCUGAAACUUGUUUUUGAAUGCACCAUAAGACUUUUUUUAGGAAUAACUAACAGUUGCAUCACAUGACAAAAAAAAAAAAAAAGAAA